AUGGAGGCCGUUAACAAUAUCACAUCCAAGUUUUCUAAGCUCAAUCCAUUUGCCAAACCCGGCAGAGAUGAAGACGACGUCGGAGAAGCCACCGACUCAUACUCGGUGGGCGGAGGUGGUCAUGGUGCUCGAGUGAGCCAGAUCACGAAAGAAGAACUCCGUGUAAGCCGAGCUAUCAAGAGGUACAUCUUGGAGGAGAAGAUCUUGACGCUGGACGAAAGUGACCUGCUCUCCGAGAAGAGUACAGGUGCGCUGAAAGAACUGCUCGAUCGUCCUCAUAUCAACAUCCCAAGAGCGCUAACGGAUCGUGGCCGUCCUCUUACGGAAUACUUCAUCAGCUCAAGCCACAAUACAUAUCUCAUGGCACAUCAGCUCUAUGGGUCCAGUUCCGCGGUGGCUUACGAGGCGGCGUUGAAAGCCGGGUUGCGCUGUGUAGAAAUCGAUGCCUGGGACAACGAUGACAGUCCGGAAGAACCAAAAGUCACACAUGGCUACACCCUGACUUCUAGCAUUCCGUUCCGCAAUGUUUGCGAGACAAUUCGAGAUGUGUACGACCGAGAGAUGGCCGAGCCCGUGUUGGAAUCUGGUUAUCAGGCCGCUCCUAUCCUACUCUCCUUGGAGAACCAUUGCGGCGACCAUGGCCAAUUGAGACUUGUAAACAUUAUGAAAGAGGUGUGGGGCGAUCGGUUGUUGAGCGAACGCGUGAGAGAUGAAGGAUCGCGAGAGGAACAGGGAACUGGCGAGCAUGUGCACUUGGUUGAGCUGGCCUCGAAGAUCGCCGUUAUAGUAGAGUAUCAUCUGCCAAACGAGGCGGACUCCGACGACGACUCAGAGGCCGAUGAGUCCGAAGAGGCCAAGGAAGACCGCGAAGCGUAUCGGAAGAAGAAAGAGGAAUGCCCACAGGGGAUCAUCAUUCCGGAACUUGCGAAGCUGGGAGUUUACGCUCAAUCUGUGAAGCCUGCGAACAAYUCCUGGUUCGAAAGCGAACUCGAGGACAGACCGAACAAUCACUUGAUCAAUGUGAGCGAGUCUGGGCUACUUCCACUCGUGUCAAAGUACAGCGACAAAAUUGGAAAACACAAUGCUCAACACUUGAUGCGUGUAUAUCCCAAGGGUACCCGCAUAACCAGCAAGAAUUUGAACCCUGUGCCCUUCUGGGGAAUCGGUGCGCAGAUCUGUGCUCUCAACGCUCAAACAUUCGAUGCCAGCAUGCAAUUGAACGAAGCGUUGUUUGCUGGGUCAGACGGGUUCGUCCUAAAGCCUGCUCCUCUGCGUGCUGGAGGCAAUGGAAUUCUGGGCAGCGGCCAGAAGAAGAAGCUUCGACUCCGCGUAGCUGGAGCAUCCAACCUUCCCAUUCCAAAGGACCGGGAGGCCGACGAUGUCAAGCCGUAUGUGACCUGCAGCCUGGUUCACCCAGAUGAUGUGGAGAGCAAGCCACCGAAGAAGAAGACGAGUGGUUAUCAUCAGCACAAAUUGGGACUUCUCCACAAGGGCGAGAAUCCGCCCAACACGGAUCCGAUAUGGAACGAGACUUUGGAGUGGGAGUAUGAGGACAACGAGUUGACCUUUCUUCGGAUCCUGAUCAAGAGCGAUGAUUCAUGGGCACGGAAUCCCGUGUUUGCAGUCUCUGCAGUGCGGUUACUGUACCUUGUCAAUGGCUGGUCGUUCAUCAGGCUUUUGGAUCUUAAGGGGAGGGAGACGCACUGUACUCUGUUGGUCGAGUUCCAGAUCAGCGACGCGUGA